GCAUUGAUCAUGGUUGUUGGAUAUUAUCAGUGAUUCAUUGUCUUUGAUAACGACAUCAGUUGCGUUUAUUGAAACCAUUAAUUACUUUUUACGAUGAUUGAUAAUUCAUUGCAUGUGCAAAUACUCAUUAACCUUGAAAAAAACAUCAAGUCGAUCAUUCCACCGAUAUGAAACAGCAGCGUCACUAACUUUGAGGUUAUGUUGUAAACCACAAACAAAUUUCUUGCUUGAGUAUCAACAAUAACUAUUAAUGUAAUUUGGAUUACAGUUUAUGUUAUAAAUUCACACAAAAACUCAUAGAUCAGGUUUAAAAGAUGCGUUUCAGUGUUCCGAGGCUAAUCUGCCUCUCAUAUAGACUGGUAUCGGCUAUCUGUCUCAUCACAACGGUCGUCCUCAUGUGGACAGUACUCAAAUACAGCACCAAGCAGAAUUUUACCCAAACUUGUCAUCACUCUGAACAGUUCCAAGAGGGUCUGCAUAAUUUAGCUAAUAGAGUUCAUCUUGUUCUAACUUCACUAGGACUCUCCAACUUCCUUUGCUAUGGCUCCCUUUGGGGCCAGCUUAGACUUUCCAGGUCAUUGCCCUGGGAGCCUGAUGUAGAGCUAUGUGUACUCAAUGAGGAAGUGUCAUUGAGAGACGAGGUUUUCCUAUCUCGUACAUUCAAGAAGCACUCAAUGCAGCUUGAUUACGAUUCGACUGAAGGAAAAUACUCAAUCACUGACCAGUCUCUUCCUGGUGCUACUGUACAUCUUGUAGUAUUCGAGCAUGAUCCCAUGGUGAAUAUGCUGAGAAGGGUGGGCUGGAAACGACGAGUGCUACCUCCAGACUGUGAGUCCCUGCCAUCCCUUAAUUGCUUUCCCCCAAGACUCGUGAAGCCGCCCCUGCCAGUGAGAGAAUUCGGGGGAUUCGUGAUGCCUGUGCCGAGAGAGGGCAUCGAAAUCCAGAAGUACCACUACCCUGACAACUGGUGGAAAGAAAUAUUGCCAAAAAACUGUUAAUUUUCAACAACCUUCUCAAUUCUCCCGACAAAUCGUGGAAGGAAAUAUUGCCAAAGAACUGUUAAUUUUCGACAACCUUCUUAAUACUCCUGACAACUCCUGGAAGGAGAAAUUUUCAAUACUCCUGACAACAUUUCUAGUGAAAGGAAAUAAUGUUAUUACCAACAAUCUGUUAAUAAUUGGAAUAACUUUUUCAAUACCUCCUGACAACUUUCAGAGUGUGAAAUAUUGCCAAAGAACUGUUGAUUUCUGUCAAUUUUAUCAAUAUUCAAAAACUCAUCCAUCCACUCGAUUGAGGUGUUUUGUCACAAAUUAUUAACGUUUCAAUUCUUCAACUGAAGAAACGUGUUAAUAUUCCACCAUGGAAAUAUAUUAGUUUCAUAAAUUGAAUGUGCUUUGAUUUUGCACUUCUAUUAUUUGUUUUAUGUUUUAACAAUUUUACCAAAGAAUAUCCUUCCAAUCUAACAUAGUGUAUUGAUGAUUUAGUUUAUUUUUGUUUUAGUUUAGGAAUUUGUUUAAUGUGGCCAAUUUUUUUGUCCCUGUUAUCUCAAUAUGGAGUAAGUUUGAAAGAUAUGUUUGAAAACCGCAGUAAGCUUACGAAACCUGCUAAGAAUUAUAUUCUCAUUUUGUCUUGUCUCAACUUGCUAUCAGGUACAACAUUUUCCUUGAAAUGUUCAAUUUUCAAAACUGCAACAUAAUAACAAAAUUUGCGGUGAUUUUUGCUACAUCGGAUUUUGAAAAUUAUGAGCUUACACAUAAUCAGCUACUUGGAAGUUUCAAGAACCACCGAUUCAAUCAAAUUUAAUUUGAUUACUUUAUUUGAGAUUACUUUUGGUUCCUUGCACAAUUUGAAUGACUUUAUCAUCUUGAAAAAAAUUAUAAUACCUGUAUUGUAAAUACUAUUCUUAUUGAUAAUGAUCUGUGAUUUGUAGGUAGGUUAGUACUUGUAUUAUAUUUUGUAGUGCGUUCUCAAAAAACGUUUCUUUGUUUGUCUAAUUACUCUUAGCAUUAAAAGGACGAUAUAAGGGUUUACGAUUAUUGAUACAUGGCAGGAUAAGAAAAUUGACAACUGGUACAUGAAUUUAACUAACUACCUAUAAUAUUUUCAAAUUUUAAGAUAAUUAUUUCCAAUUUCAAUCGGUCUGCCACUGUCCUUAUGAAAUUCAAUUAGAGCAGCUCAUUUAUUUGUAUAGUUGGAAUUUAUAAGAUGUGAAUAACUAUUUUUGGCAUAAAAUUUAAUUGAAUUUGCUAGUAUUACAUCAGAUAGCAUUCCACACAUAAAAUAAUUCUCCAGCAAGUUUUUCAAAUAAGGCACUGCAUAUUUAUAUUUAAUCCAAAAGUAUUGAUUCUAUCUAGUCAUUACAUUGCUUCCAAGUUAUUUUCGCAAUUAAUAAUUUUUGUUAUGUUUGAUUUUGUGCUAAAUAAAUUUAUAUUCCUAGUUGAACAAUUCUAUAUUUUAGAAUAAAAUAUUCAUCACUUUCCUAUUCUUUCAGUUGAUCACAGACAUCGUUUUCACUUCCAUCCUAAAUUAUUUCCAGUAAUAUCCAAUAUAUUUUUUAUCAGACUAUUUGUUUUCUAGCCACCCAUUAAUUUAGUCAAGAAAUAUUAAUUAAUUUCUUAUACAUUUUUAACAUUAUGUGCUCAAAUUAAUAAUUAUCAAUAUUACAGCGAUGCUCAAAUUAUAUUAAUGUGUAGUAUUUAGUACGAGUUUCAGAAAUUUCUCAUUGGGUUUAAAUACUGAGUCUACAAUUCACAAUAUAUCAUUUUGUUUUGUUGAAUUUUGUACAGAAAGCAAAAAAUACAAGCUAAAAUCAAGUGAUGAUAAAAUAAUCAUCUCCAGGAAUAAUAAGAAACAAUAUUUCUCAUUGUUACUGCGAUCAUAAUUACCAUUUAUACUCAAGUUCACUAAUAAAUUUCUUUUUCUAAAAACAGCUAUCAUUUUCAUAUAUUUUUUAUUGGAGUUUAAAUGGAUUCUACUGUGGUCUGCUUAUCUAUAUACAUGAUCUCAUUGAGAUUUAAAAUGAAUACUAUUAUAUUCUUAAACUUGGCACUAAGUAAGAUAAUAAUGACAAUAUUUAAUAUUAUAAUAUGAGAGUUAAUUUCAAUUCAUGUAAAUAAAUAUAAAUGUUUAGAAUCCACUAUUA